AUGCUCAACACAAGAAUUACCCGUUUUCAAGAUGUCCAGAACGUCUCUGGCAGCGUCACACCCCGUAGCCAGCGUGAGCAGACCGCAGACUCCCCAAACACAAUUCGAAGCAGAAGCAACACCCCUCAGGCAGCACGGGCACCUGUACAACCAAGUGACUCGGAUUCGUUUUGGGUAUGCUGUGGUGGGAACGGCGGCGGCUGUCCUGCAAAUGGCACCUACUUAGCCGCCCUCCACGAAGAGUGUUUGGAGUGCCAGCAUCGCAGAUGCGGUGGCUGCAUGAUUCUCGACGUUCAAGCGCAAGCUGGCGACAUGGUCCUUUAA